AUGAAUCCCCUCUCCGGGGCUUUCGCAGAGUCGCACGCACCGGCCUCGCUCAGCUCCCAUUCUCGACUCUCAGGAGCCAACUCGAUACCCAUGACACUGUCCACCGCGACCUUUCCCAAAUACUGGAACGCACAGCGCGACGAGGUCGCGUACGGACUGGAGCUCACGCCGGAACACGUCCCCGUCGUCCACCUCCUGGGCACCUACACCUGGCUCUACCUCCACGACUCGCACUACGGCGCACGCCUCGUCUCGCCUGGCCCCUCCUCCGCCUCCUCGGCGACGGACGGCGCGGGCCAUCUGACGCUCUCCCUCGCGCCCUCGUCCGCCCACGCAGGGCUGUCCAUCGACGGCGACGUCGAGCCGCGCCUCUCCGGCUCCUUCUCGCUCGGCCACCUCGGCCUACGCGGUACCUUCUCCCCAGGCGACGUCCGGCGCGCGCGCUCGAGCACGGGGGAGCCCAUCCCGAGCCGGUGGAGCGUCCGCAUCCGCUGGCACGACGACGACGACGACGACGACGACGACGCCAGGGAGGCGCGCCACUUCUUCGACGUGUGCGCGGCGCGGGACGACGCCGGCCGGCCGUUCGUCCAGUUCGUGUGGGACGGCGGGAUGAACAUGGGCCGGGCGUACCGCAUCGCGCUCCUCGGCAAGCGGCUGCCUCAAGCGCGCUCUUCCGACCAGCCUUCACCUCCUCCUCCUCCUCUUCCGUCGUUCGCCGCGCCGUCGCUCGCGCCUGUGCCGAGGAGGGUGACGGGAAAGCUGGCGCGGAGAGAGGCGGAGGGCGUCGAGCUGAGCGCGGGCGAAAGGCAGAGGCUGGGCAUGGGCCUCGACGAGGCGCAGGUGGUCAAGGCCGGGCGCGCGAGGGUUGGCGCUGUGGUGCUGUUGGAUAGCUCGAACGCGCAGGCGGGGACGAAGCGCAAGCUUCGCGAGUCGUGACCGGCAUACUCGUCUAUUCUGUUCUCUCUCAGUUUCACUUGCAUCUUCACAUCACGCCGAACGAUUGUGCUUUGUAUCAUAUUUGUACCAUAGCAUCAAGCAUGAUCUCU